AUGUCAACGUUGGAACAAUUGGAGUUGGAGGAGUUUGGUUUCCAGUUGAAACCGGCCAUUCAGCUGUUUGAGCCCGAAUCUCCCGACCAAUUGGAUUCGCAUUACUAUAACCUACUCGCGCUUUCGAAUAACCAUGGGUUAUUGUUCGUCUACUUAGGAGGCAAACUUAAGGUUUUAGAUACUCAGGAACUUGACAAAUUGUUGUCUGAUGACCCGCAAUCUGAUACUUAUACGAUCGAAUCUCUUCAGGAGUUGGAAGUUUCCGGUGUUGUUCAAUUAAUCCUUUCAGGUGACGAGUCUUACUUGUUCAUUGUGAAACAGAAAACUAUUCAACAAAUCGCUGUGACUGAUCUGAGACAGGGAAAGCUCAAUGUGCAAGAUCUCACACCAUUGGAUAAAGAUCUAGUCCUUCUUUCUCCGAAUCAGUCUUCCAGCCAGUUUGCAUAUUUGCUUGAGUCUGGAGAAUUGGUGUAUUUCGACGGGUCUAAGAAAAAUGCUCUCAAAGAUCACUGUUCAUGUUUUUGCUGGAUCGACAACAACACUCUCCUGGUUGGCCAAGAAUCGAGUAUUGAAAUAAUCGGAGUCCAGGCGUCUCAACCACAGGCCCAUUUCGCUUUUGACGAUCAAAAAGUGGUUUUCGUCAGUCAACUGGAACCAAACAACUGGCUCGUGGUCCUGGCAGGAGAGACCGACGAGGAUGACACGACCUCUUUUGUCGUCACAAAGAAUGGAGAUUCUUUCGACAAAAAGGAAGCUUACGAUAUUUGCAUGCCAUUUGGUGUUCUCGACAGAAAACUUAGUUACUAUUCCAUUCAUCUACACAAUUGGAGUGAGACGUAUCCUCACUUGACUAUUCUCACAGGCUCCAAAUCAACAGACUUCAACACAUUAACAAGCACGCAGCAGAUUCUCCAGUUGAACGAUUCUGAUAGGGCGCAGAUGCCUCUGGAUCCUGAUUCUGGAGACGACGAUACGCCGCUCGGUUUGGUUGUUGAUCUUACCGGUAAGCUCGACGUUGUUGAGCCAUGCAAGCAGGUCGAGAAGUGUGCAUCCUUGCCUCGUAUGAUCACUCUGACUAACAGAGGACAAUUACUAGUAUGGAACGUUUGGGUCUCAACGGACAUCAAUGCAGGGAAAGUGAGUCUCGAAAAAGCCAGAGAGUCAAUCAAGUUUGAAUCUGAAAAAACGGAUCCUGUUCAGAAAGACGAAUCACCAGCGGCACCUUUGUUCCAGAGCAAAUCGAGUGCAUUCUCGUUGCCCUCCCAAACAGGUUCUGCGCAGGCAUCCAAAAGUGCUAGUCCCUUCGGAGAGUCUUCGAACUCCAAGUCAUCACCUUUCGGACAAUCAGGCUUCAAGUUCGGUCAAACAGCGUUUGGAACACCGUCAUUUGGCCAAUCGAGCGAUUCUUCCAAGUCACAAGUGUCCAAUCCGUUUGGUGGGUCUCAAGCAGCAUUUGGAUCAUCUGGUUUUGGAGCCUUUGCACAAAGUGGUUCUGCUUUUAAGAUUGCGGGAACCGAUAAAGCACAGUCAUCAGGUUUUGGUGCUUUUGCCCAGCAAGGAUCGGCAUUUAAAUCAGCUGGCUCCAACAACAAUGAAAGUACAAAGGGCAUUUUCGGUAACUCCACAGAGCAAAAGAGUAUUUUUGGUCAAUCGGAAAGCAAGAGCAUAUUUGGCCAAAAUGCUGGAAAUAAGAGUGUUUUUGGCCAACCAGCAAAGGAGACGAGUCUUUUCGGAGGAAAUUCUGGUACUGAGUCGCCAUUCGCUAGCAAGGCAUCAUCCAGUUCUCAAGACUCGCCGUUUGGAGGCCAGUUCAAGAGCUCUCUCGGGAUGGAUAGCUUGAAACUCGGCUCCAAACCUGAGACACAGAGCCCUUUUGCAAAUUUGUCCGAUAAGAGCAGUCCUUUUGCAAAUUUGACUAAAAAGUCUGAAAGCCCUGUCCCUAAACAAGAAACCAGCUCUCCAUUUGCAACUCAUCAGCGGUUAACUUCAAGUGAAGGUUCUGAUGCUGGCGAUUCCGAAGAGUCGAUUUCUGAGGAAGAACAGGAAAGUGAUCUUGAGGAUGGGGAGGGAAUCGAUUCCCAACUUGAUGCAGAGCAGGAAAUCAAUCAGUCGACCAGUUCUGAGUUGGGAAAUUCGGAGGAGAGCUUUGAGAAGAUUGAAAAGCCUGGAUCUGAGGAGUCCGAGGUGAAAGGUAGCGAAACAGAACGGUUGAACGAUUUAUUUGGCAGCUCUAAGAUUGAGGACCAGUCAGAGACCAAAGAACUCGAGUCGUCAGUGGCUGCCCCUGAUACAUCGGAAGAGAGCCCAGAGACUGUGCGCGAUACUGUGCAACCUGCCGAGCCUACUAAUACAGUGGAAGAAAACGAUACUGAAGAGCCUGUUGAAGAGGAUGAUGCUGACUUAACUAGCAGUAGCGGUCACACCAUUGAGACUCCUGCACCUAGCAAAAAUGCUACUGAAAAGCCAGCUGAAGAGACCGACCCUACCAAGCAAACUGAGACAAAAUCCGCACCGUUUUCUUUCACCCCACUGUCUCCUAAACCUCCUGUUGAGACCUCGUCGGACAAAGGUGUGGAAUCUUUCACCUCUACUCCAAAACCAGAGCUAACCGUGGAACCGGAGAAGAAGCUUUCUAGCGUUCCGAUGGUUGACAAGGCUGUCACUGUAGAGACCACCAUCAAGGAUGCCAACGUCACAUUUGGCGAGUCGUCCAAUGAAGAAGAAGAACCAGAGCCGCUGAAUGUUCCGCAGCUAAUCUCGCUUGACUCUGUGGUUUAUCCUGAGCUUUCCUCGAACGAGUGUAUGAAAGAGAUGGAAAGAAUAGUCUAUGACACAGAGGCCGAAUUCUCCAUUUUGGAUAUGAAUAUCAAACAACUCGAGGAGUUCCUGGCCGACCACAGCAACGACAAGUACCCGCAUGAGUUUUCUGAGUCGAGCAUGUUCCCUGAGUCGUGGAGACUUGGCGAGGUUGGAAGUCUAGAAGGUGUGCUGUCGCCAAUCGAAGAAGAGUAUAAAUUGCUCAAGAACGAACUGGGAGCCGUUCAAAAUGACACAAUUUCGCUUCUUCAAACUGUCAACAAGGUCACUAAGCAGGCAGAUGAAGUUCACAGCAUGUUGAGGGACACAGAGAAGAGCCGUACCAAUGUGUCUUUCGAAAGACAGGCCACGCAUCCUUCUAUGCAGAAACUGGCCAAGCUACGCAAAGAAUACGAGAAAGUGCGCGAUUUGGAAAGCGAUUUGCAUUCCAAGCUGUUUGUUUUGAACGGCAAGAUCUAUCCAGAAGAAGUUUUGACGAACCCAUCUGCGUUUGAGGUUGUUGUUUCGGGAAUCGACUCGAAACUGCGGGCAUACUAUGACGGGUCGAAGCAGCUACGCAAACAGCUGGACGAGCUACAUGACAAGACGCGAGCCACGUCAGCUUUGGAAAAGGACUUCGACAAGCUGCGUGUCACAUCUGUUGUGUUGUCCACCGCGGCCAAACAAAGCCUGGCCAGUCAAUUACAGGAACGCAAAUCUGUGACUCAGAGAGUGGAGCUAUGA